UACGUCACUUCCUGGAGACUGGCUGAAUCCGGAAGUGAUCCCUGAGGACCCAGUUGCGGCCGAGGACCCCGGCGGCAGGGCCAGGUUCGGGACCAUGAGCUGGAUUCCUUUCAAGAUUGGGCAGCCCAAGAAACAGAUUGUCCCCAAAACAGUGGAGAGAGAUUUUGAGAGGGAGUAUGGAAAACUCCAGCAGCUGGAGGAGCAGACCAGGAGGCUGCAGAAGGACAUGAAGAAGAGCACCGAUGCUGACCUGGCCAUGUCCAAAUCUGCCGUGAAGAUAUCCUUGGACUUGCUCUCCAAUCCCCUCUGCGAGCAAGACCAAGACUUCCUGAACAUGGUGACAGCUCUGGACACGGCCAUGAAGCGGAUGGACGCCUUCAACCAGGAAAAGGUGAACCAGAUUCAAAAGACAGUGAUUGAACCCUUAAAAAAGUUCGGCAGUGUCUUCCCGAGCCUCAACAUGGCGGUGAAACGGCGGGAGCAGGCCUUGCAGGACUACCGGAGACUGCAGGCCAAGGUGGAGAAGUACGAGGAGAAGGAGAAGACGGGGCCCGUGCUGGCCAAACUCCACCAGGCCCGAGAAGAGCUGCGGCCCGUGCGGGACGACUUCGAGGCCAAGAACAAGCAGCUCCUGGACGAGAUGCCGCGCUUCUACCACAGCCGGCUCGACUACUUCCAGCCCAGCUUCGAGGCCCUGAUCCGAGCCCAGGUUGGGUACUACUCUGAGAUGCAGAAGAUCUUUGGAGACCUGACCCAGCAGCUUGACCAGCCUGGCCACCCUGAUGAGCAGCGGGAGAGGGAGAACGAGGCCAGACUGAGUGAGCUGAGAGCCCUCUCCAUUGUGGCUGAUGACUGAGUCCCCACCACCCUUUCGAAGACUCCUGGGACACAAGUCAACCUCUUUGGUCUUUGCCCUCGUCAAGCUUAGGCUCAGGUGUCAGCCAGCAAAAGGCCCUCCCCUGAGAGAAGUAUGGGGACAGCAGUGGCCCCUGCUCUACCUCACCAGCCCUCUGCAGUGAGCCUGGCACCAAGAGCCCCAAGCAGGCUGCUAGCUCCCCACCCAUAGCAAGAGCCCAGACAGGUAAGCAGGGCAGAAAAACUCCAGACACCUUCUCAUUUCCAAAAGAACCGUCCAAAGGGCAUCCUGGCCUAGGGCCUGAGCAAGCUUCCAGCCUUCAAAGGCCCAGGCUGUCUGCUCUCCUGAGGUCUUAGCCUUGCUUGCGUGGCCGUGAUCACAUCUACCUCCAAAGACCUAUCCUGGAGAGUCCACCCGCCCUCAUUGCCUUUCCACUUCAGACUCCUUUUUUCUGAAGAGGCCCGAGACACUGCCGUGGGGAACAGAAGAGCUGUGGUUCCCCCAGCCCAGACAGACCCCUCACUCCAGCCUCCCAGCACGACAAAAACUGGCUUAGCCCACUUCUUUCCCUUAGGCCAAGUGCAGAGAAAAGCCCCAAGCCUUGUAGGUUCCCUAGGAAACCCGACUCCGCUCGUGUCCAUAGGCUACCGACCGCACAAAAUGUCACAGCCUGAUUCACAGGCCUCAGAGCAAGAACCGGAGUAUUUGGAAUUUUAUUUUUUCAAGUAAAGUUUUCAAUAAAAUCGACAGCUGUUACUGUGCUGUGACUGAGA